UCUGUAAAGGAAACUGAAUCUACGAGAAUAUGAUAAUAUUGUUUAAAAUAUUAACUCUAUUUGUUUAAAGUAACGAUCUAGUGGAAGUAUGGUCAGUGUGUCCUCCACUUAGAUUAGUUUCAUCAUCCACCCUUUUUCAGUGUGGUCAGUGGCAACGAUGCAUGUAUGUUCAUCACUCUUCUAUAAUGUUCGUAUGCGUUUCUAAUAAAACUUUAGGUUAAAAGGGAGCGAUGGCGCAAAAGUUGGAUGCUCAAGGUGGCCGUGGAGGAGAGCUCUGGGACGAUGGUGAUGCUUAUAAGAACAUCAAGAAAGUGUACGUCGGUCAAGGUGACUCUGGUGUAGUAUACGUCAAGUUUGAUUACGAGAAAGACGGCAAGAUCGUAUCACUUGAACAUGGGAAGAAGACACUUCUUGGAACAGAGGAGUUUGAGCUUGAUCCAGAAGAUUACAUCACAUCUGUGAAAGUUUACUACGAGAAACUCUUUGGAACGGCUGUAGAGAUCAUCACGGCUCUUAUCUUCACAACAUUCAAGGGAGAAGUUUCUCAGCCAUUUGGAAUGGCCUCUGGAAAAGAAGCUGUGCUAGGAGGUGGCAAGAUCGUUGGAUUCCAUGGAAGUGCGAGUGAUGCUAUUCAUUCCCUCGGAGCCUAUGUUAUUCCGUCAACUACUCCGGUGAUUCCAGGUGGUCCAACCAAACUAAAUGCUCAAGGUGGUAGUGGAGGAGAGGUAUGGGACGAUGGUGGUGUGUACGAGAAUGUCAAGAAAGUGUAUGUUGGGCAAGGUGACUCUGGUGUAGUAUACGUCAAGUUUGAUUACGAGAAAGGCGGCAAGAUCGUAUCACUUGAACAUGGGAAGAAGACACUUCUUGGAACAGAGGAGUUUGAGCUUGAUCCAGAAGAUUACAUAACAUCUGUGAAAGUCUACUACGAGAAACUAUUUGGAACGAGUGUAGAGAUCAUCACGGCUCUUAUCUUCACAACAUUUAAGGGAAAAGUUUCUCAGCCAUUUGGAAUGGCCUCUGGAACAGAAGCUGUGCUAGGAGGUGGCAAAAUUGUUGGAUUCCAUGGAAGUGCGAGUGAUGCUAUUCAUUCCCUCGGAGCCUAUAUUAUUCCGUCAACUACUCCGGUGAUUCCGGGUGGUCCAACCAAACUAAAUGCUCAAGGUGGUAAUGGAGGAGAGGUAUGGGACGAUGGUGGUGUGUACGAGAAUGUCAAGAAAGUGUAUGUUGGACAAGGUGACUCUGGUGUGGUUUAUGUCAAGUUUGAUUACGAGAAAGCUGGGAAGAUUGUAUCACUUGAACAUGGGAAGAAAACGUUACUUGGAACUGAGGAGUUUGAGCUAGAUUCAGAUGAUUACAUUUCAUCUGUGAAAGUUUACUACGAGAAACUCUUUGGAACAGAAACAGAGAUCAUCACGGCUCUUAUCUUCACAACAUUCAAGGGAAAAGUUUCUCAGCCAUUUGGAAUGGCCUCUGGAAAAGAAGCUGUGCUAGGAGUUGGCAAAAUUGUUGGCUUCCAUGGAAGUGCAAGCCAUGUGAUCCACUCUCUUGGUGCUUAUAUUGUUCCUACGCUAACACCAGUGAUUCCCUCCGAUACAAUUCCAGCACAAGGUGGAGAUGCUGGAGUUGCAUGGGAGGAUGGUGUUCACGACAGCGUGAAGAAGAUAUAUGUAGGACAGGGUGACUCUUGUGUGACUUAUUUCAAGGCUGAGUAUGUAAAGGAUUCAAAGCCUGUCCUUGGAAGUGAUCAUGGGAAGAAGUCAUUGCUUGGAGCAGAAGAGUUUGUGCUUGAAGAUGGUGAAUAUGUUACAAGCGUGAUAGGCUAUUAUGACAAGAUUUAUGGAGUAGAUGCACCUGCGAUUAUCUGUCUUCAAUUUAAGACAAACAAGAGGACCUCUGACCCAUAUGGAAUGGACUCAGGAACUAAAUUCGUGUUGGAGAAGAAAGACCACAAGAUCGUUGGGUUCUAUGGACAAGCUGGUGACUAUCUUUACAAGAUUGGAGCCAAAGUGGUGCCCAUAGCCAACUGAUGCAGAACCAAUCUUAUAAUAUGUAUGAAUAAGAUUAUCAUAUGAACUUAUGGAGUUGUAUGGUCUAUAGUUGUAUUUGGUUUGUCUCAAGCUUAACCUGUGUGUCUUGUGUCUUGGCUAUCUAAAUAAAGAAGGUUUCUUCUAUUGUAAUGUUAAUAAAGCCAUAUGGGUCUUUUGGGGCGCUAAAUGUAUGAUUCAGUGAACUGGAGAAACAAUUGGAACAAGCUUCUUUUAUUAAAAUGGAAUACAAAUCCAUCAAAAGACAGAACAAUAACACAAAGAAAACACUGAAGAGAUGAAACAACAGAAACCAGAAAAGAAGUAGUAUCAGCUUAUUCAAAGUUCAAUGUGCAAAACCCAAAAGAGACCACACAUGUGUGACAAAUUUCAAGAUCUCCACAAUUAGUUGGUGAUGGGACGGACAUGGACUCCAAAUUUAUGAAGCAGAUCACCAGCACUUCCAUGGAACCCAACGAUCUUGUGGCCU